AUGGCAGCCGUUGAGAAGAAGGCAGACUCUGUCGACGAAAAGGUCCUCGAGUCCGGUUCCGACAUCGUCCAGGGCGACCUCACCACGACCCACUAUGUCGAAAACUCAGAGGGUGUAACCGAGGAGGAGUUGGCAACGCUCCGCCAUGUUCGAGACAAAAUGCCAUGGACCGCCUUCCUCAUUGCUGCCGUCGAAUUCGCUGAACGAUGGACUUACUACGGCACCACCAAUCUUUAUGGCAACUACAUUCGUGCCAAACUCCCUCCUGGCUCUCGGGAUGGCCACGUUCUCCCCGCCAACCGGGGUGUGGGUGUCGCAGGCGCGCUUGGCCAAGGCCAAGAACGGGCUUUCGCUAUUCGUACAUUCAACUCCUUCUUCGUCUACGUUACUCCUUUCCUCGGCGCCAUUAUCGCUGACACCAAGUGGGGUCGUUACAAAACCAUCAGUGUUUUCUCCAUCGUCAUUUUCCUCGGACACAUCAUUCUCGUCGGCUCUGCCACCCCGGACUCUCUAGCCAAACCCAACACUGCUCUCGGCCUUCUGAUCCUGUCAAUUUUCGUCAUGGCUAUCGGUGCUGGCUCGAUUAAGUCGAACGUAUCUCCGAUGAUUGCUGAGCAGUACCAGGGCAAGCUGAGAAAAGAAACUCUCCCGUCCGGCGAAACGGUCAUUAUUUCGCCCGGUAUCACUAUCCAGAGUAUCUACCUCUACUUUUACAUGGCCAUCAACUUCGGCUCAACUGGUGCCAUUUCGGCGUCCUUCCUUGCUCGUGAUCACGGCUACUGGGUCGCUUUCCUCGUCCCCACCUGCAUUUUUGCCACUGUUCCUGCCAUUCUCUGGAUCGGCCGCAAGAACUACGUCAAGACACCUCCCCGUGGCAGUAUCAUCAUUGAGACUUUCCGCGUCAUCCGAGUCUGUGUCGGUGCUCGCUGGUCAUGGAACCCUGUUGCCUUCUACAAGGAGGUCAAGCGUGAAGGAUUCUGGGACCCUGCUAAGCCCAGCACAUAUAACGGCAAGGCACCAGAAUACAUCACCUGGGAUGACGACUUUGUCGGUGAAGUCCACCGUACCAUGUUGGCUUGCAAGGUCUUCGUGUUCUUCCCUAUUUUCUGGCUCUGCUACUCUCAAAUCGACGGAAACUUGGGCACUGUUGCUGCUGGCAUGACCCUCAAAGGCACGCCCAACGAUCUUAUCCAGAACUUGAACCCCAUCUCGAUCAUCAUCAUGGUCCCCAUCUUCGAGCGCGUCAUUUACCCCUUGCUGCGCCGUUGGGGCAUCAACUUCUCGCCCAUCAAGCGGAUUGCUAUGGGUUUCUUCGUUGCUGGACUGGCCAUGGUUUGGGCUGCCGUUCUCGAGCACUACCUCUACAAGACCUCUCCUUGCCCGAACCACCUGCCUUCGGAGUGUGAGACCGCGGACGGUAACCCCAAUGCUGCUCCCAUCAACGUUUGGGUUGUCUCUGGCCCAUACAUCCUCGUCGGAAUGGCAGAAAUCUUCGCUUCCAUCACCUCGCUCGAAUACGCUUACACCAAGGCACCCCAGCGCAUGAAGUCCGUCGUUAUGGCCUUCGCCCAGCUCCAAACCGCCAUCGCCUCUGCCCUCAACUUUGCCCUGACCAGCGUCAACGUCGAGGACAAGUUCCAAUGGUUGUUCGCCAGCUUCGGCAUUACCGCGACGAUAUUCGCGGGCAUCUUCUACUUCACGUUCCGCGAGCUCGACAGGGCGGAGCUUGAGCUGAACAUGAUUGGCACGGGUGGCCGCAGUGGAUUCGCGGGUGAGGCGGAGGGCGAGGGCCGGCCAGAAAAGGGUACUUAA